AAGCUUGCUCUUUUAUUUAUUUAUUUAUUUAUUUAUUUAUUUUUUCUUUACAGUGGGCUUUAUUAAAAUGACCACUGAACAAAUAUCAGUCUAUUUUAUCUACCAUUUGUGGGGAUUUCGAAAGCUUCACCAAAAGCUGCGCUUCAGAUGGCGAGAGAAAAUCUAGGCCAGCGUUACUAAUACAAUGAGCUUUUUAAUCAACUUAAAAGUCCUAUUUUAAGACCAUACACUACAUCAUCUUAUUCUGUUUUCCCCAUAAUCAGCACUGAAUUUAGGUGCCUUGUAUUUUCAUUCCACAGUCAGACAAAUGAACUGAGAAUACAGUGGCAUAUCAAAUACUGUGUAAAGUAUUAUGUACAGGAUAAAGACAGGUUCUUGGAACAACUGAUGAUUGGCACCCAUGUUGCACAUCAGGAGAAAAUAAAAUAAAUGUGGAUAUGCUAUAACCUAUACUAUGGAUAUAUAGGCUAUAUAAUUAUACUUUGUGGGUUUUAAAGUACUGAAAGGAAUACAGCAAAGAAAAUGAUGUAUAUAACACUUCUCAUUAUGAGGUGGAUGCAAAAAUUCUCAAAUCUGAAUGUGGAGUGCUCACUCAACCUAGUUGGAGAUGUUGCUGAUAAGUUCUUAAUAUAGUCAGUAUCCCAAGUGGCAUCAUUCCUUAUGGGUGUGUGUGAUAUUUGUGUUGUUUUUCUUUUCUUGUCUUUUCUUUUUCUAAGGUUGUGCACAUGAAUUUGUUGUUCAAUCCCCAUGGUAGAUGUAAAGAAUCUGUGUGCAGUUUCCUAUUUUGCCAGACACAUCUGCUACCAAAGCACUGACUCUGCUAAAUAAAGCUUUUCAAGAUGCCUGUGUCUGGAGCAUCUCCGAAGCCGAGCAAGCACGUCAGAUCAAAUGAUCAAGAUGUACAUCAAGACAAUGAUUAUUAUAGGUUUUUUUUUUUGACAGUGGUAGACUUGUCUAAAAGGAAAGCAUCAGGAAAAAAUAUCCAGAUAUGUGGUGCACCCAGAACUGGAUCUUGCACCGUGACAGUGCAUCAAAUAGUUUUCAUAUAGAAACAAUGGGAUUAUCACUUCACAUUAACCAUAUUCACCAGAUCUCACUCCUUGUGCCUUCUUAUUGUUCCUGAAAUUAAUAAUAAGACUAGUUUUGUGUGUGUGUUUGUGUGUGUGUGUGUGUGUGCUUUGUCGCAGUGUUUUGUUUUGUUUUUUUUUUGUCCAGGGAUUACAAACUCUCUAUGUUUAAGUCUGUUAAUGACAAAAAUGUGAUCAUGAUUCUUUCUAGCUCUUCAGACUCUUCUGCAACUAUCAUGGAAAGUACAUCCAGAAUCCCUGCAGAGGAAACUAAUUUCUGUCACAUGUACCCGUGACCUUAUUCUUACGGUCAAUACCCACAGCUUGUAACCAUAUGAUAAGGAGAGCCUGCUAUCCUAACAGGGAUAUUACUUCCAGCCCCCAAUUCUGCUCAACUCUUCAACCUUGCCUGCAUCUUGAUCUUGACCAUGAAAAUCAGAAACAGAAGUGAAGACAAGAGACAAUCUUGACAAAGUCCAACACCCACUUGAAAUGGUUUCAACAUAAUGCUGAGCAUGCAGACACAACUCGCACUGUUCUCAUACAGAGAGCGGAUUGCGCAAAGAGCCAGACAUCUUGUACUCAUUUAGUACAUGCCACAACAAAUGUCAACACAUGUAUGCAGGCUUUCUCCAAAUCCACAAAAACCAUGUAGACUGGACUAGCAUACUCCUAUAACUCCUCUCUAACAAGCCUCCUCUAUAACAAAGCUAGUGAAGACUUUUCCUAGGAGGAUAAGGAGUGUGAUUCCUUUGUAAUUGAAGCACAUUUCCUUGGGUCCCCUUUAAAAAUAGGGGCCACGAUCCCAGUGUUACAGUCUGCCCCAGAUCUCUUAGCAAAAACAAAGAAAUGUGUCAUCUACAAGACUCCAGCCUUUUCCUUUUCUUCAACUCAUCCACAACUGCACUCUUGCUACGCUGAAAGUUUCUCCUGUCAUUGUAACCUUAGACACUUAGAUAAACUCCACUAGAGAUUUUUGGCACUGCCUCCUAAAUGAAAGUCUUGUUCACUGGGUUAAAGUGUUCCUUCCAUUGCUGAAUAAUAUCCCCAGUAGAACACUCUGGGCCAACACUCCCCUACAUUUGCUUUGCAGAGAUUGUGCAUGGUCUUGUCUUCCCCACUACGUCAUUGGGCCUUUACAUCUUUCUUCUUAUGGCCUCAAAUCUCUUAACAUGCUCAAGCCCAAAUUGCUCUGGUUUAAAUACAAUUAGAAAAUAAAGCCAAAAACUACAAACAGUCCCCCCACACACCUCUAGUUCACCCGGCCAGUAUGCACGUUUAUGGUAACAGACAUGUGUAACUUAUAAAAGGUAGUGAUCAUACAACAGUAGAUUACAAUACAGGUCUUUAAAAUCAGCCAUAUGAAAGAGUAUUUAAGUAGUUACACCUGUCUUAUUGGAUCAAUUCCCAAUACUAAAUUAAACAAAUAGUUUUAAUAAUGAGAAAUAGCAAUCUUGUAAACAGUUUCUACGAAGAGCAAAUUCUUUCAAAUAGCAGGUCUGUCUUUCUAUCCCUUUGCACUUUGCACUAAAUAGAAAAGAGAAAUAUGAACAUUAAAGGGUUGUAUAUUUUAAAAGCAACAGCAUCAUUAUCUCUAGCUUCUAAUAACAUCUUAACUGUUCAUUUGUCCAAUAUUUAUAUGUUCAAUUCACGAGAUGCCAAAGAUACUGAGCUUAGCAUUUUUAAACAAGCCUUGUGAAUGAAUUUUAAAAGACAAAAAGGUUGAGAAAUUUUUACAAAAGCCUUAAAAGAAACCAAAUUGUGUAUUUAGAAAUGGGGUGAUGUAUUUAAAAGGACUACGUACUUAAGUGUUAUUAUGUCUUGAAAAUGUAUUGAGAGCUAAUGAUCCAUAUGCCAUUCCACAAUAAACAACAAGAUUCCUCCAGGACAAUGCUGGUUUUCAGGAAGGUCCCAGAAACUGUAAUACUAUAUACUUAUAUCAUUGCCAUAGUCUCUAAUUCCCUCAUUCAUAUAUUUCUUUUUGAAUAAUAGCGUUAUCUCAUAGCAGAUGAAAUACUAUUAAAGGAUUUCCAGGUAUGUAAAAAUAUUAUUUUCAGGCACUGCACAAAACACAUCAUUGAAAUAAAUAGAACCUUGGAAUCUCAUCUACGUCUACUGGUCAAUAGUUCAAUGAACAUACAGCAAUAGUCUGGGUAUCUUUUUCUAUGUUCAGGAAGAAGUAGCAGGUGUUUCCAUGGUGAUAUAUAUAUAUUUCUGUCUAUGAAGCAAAUUCAUAGACCUUUAUUUACUGUAGCCUGGCUUUGUGUAUCACCAAAAAGGAUUUAAAGAGACUGGAUUUUGAAAGCGCCUGAGCAGCCUAAUGAAACAAUUCAGCAGGGAACACAAGUCGCACGUAAAUAAACAAUAUAUAACACACAGCAAACACGACAGCAAAUAGACUAUAUAAAUAUAGGACAGACAUGGCACAUCCAAAAAGCUUUUGAUCCCCAACAAUGGGACCAGACCAAUAUGCAGUCAGAAGCACAUGAUAGCCUUUACUUUGCCUGUUUGUUAUAUGCCGUGAAAAAGGAGAACGAGCUGGUUGUUGGGAAUUGGCUGGAAAAAAAAACAACUAAUAAUCUAGAUAAUUGAGAAAUGAUGUACCAAAAAUACAAGUGAGAAUUCUGUCAUUAGAAUGUAUUCAAGUAACAUUAGUCAAGAAAUAGUAGUGUAGUAUAGUAUAUCAUUUAAAAUUGCAUACAAUCAGACAGACUAAUUAGCAGUUACUCUUAACGUUCUGUAUUUUUUGUAUUUAUCUUUCCUCAAGGGUUCUUCCUUCUGGAGAAAUUCUAUUCGGAACUUGGUUCUAUCUAGAAAUUUGAAGACAGAGUUGGAAAUUUCACUAUGGGGAAGACAGGUAGUAAAUUUGUGCUGACAACGUCCUCAACAGAUGAUGGAGUUCAACAACAGCAGUGACAUGAGAGAACCUCCACAUCACCCACCAUCAACCCCAAACCAAACCCACACUGACAUUAAAGCCUGGCAACAUAGGAUCAUGAGGGGAUCCUGGACACAGUCAAAAUGUCAAAACCAAUUUUAUAUGGUUUUCAAUGGGGACAUUGCCCAUAAUGAUCAACGUCCUCAGUGAAACAGGGAGAUGGAGAGAUGAUGUAUUACCAGGGUGGGAGGCCCCUGGAGUCAUGAGGGGGAGUGGCAGAGUCCUAGUCCUCUCUGGAGUCAGGUGACAGAAUAGUGAGUACUCAUUACUGAAUUGGAGUGAAUAAUUUUCCUGGCAUUGUUCUCUAUGCAGGGUGCAUUACUGAAGUGGGACCGCCCAUGGUAGUCAUUUCAGGGUUGUUCCAAACUGAAGUGAUAAAGGGUAUUUACAUUAAAUUGUUCUUUCAAAUGGUCAUUUGGUUCAAAUGGUUCAGAAUCCACAGAUUCAUUGUGCUGUUUUUAUGCUGAAUGAAGAAACAAAUGGCAUCAGAAAUAGACAAGCUUAAAUGUAUGUCAAGUUCAAGUAACAAACAUUUUGCGGAAAGUAAACAUGUAAUAUUUUAACUGAAAUGAAUAAAACAGCAGGAAGUAUUGCUGUGGCAAAUGACUUAUUUCAUGUAGGGUUUAUGUUUUUUAAUCACUGCUUAAAGUGAAAGUCCAUUUGGUUGUUUGCCCUAGCAAAGUUUACAAAACCAAAAAAAGUGAUAACAGGUUAUAAAUGAAACUGGUAGCAGCAUGAGAAAACACACAAAACCAUUCCCAUUGGCUGUUAUAUAUAACCCCUACAUAGGAGACCCUUUAGAGUUCUCACUGUGAAGGAAAGGGCUUUAAGGUGUGUAGUGCAGAGCCAUGAUCACUUCAGACUGCACCUAAUCUAUGUUUAUAUUGUAUUCUCUUUUUCUAUUCUGGCAUGUUCUUUGUAAGUAGUCAUGUCAGAGUAAGGGAUCUACAGGACUUACAUUAUAACACCUGACAUGGCUUGUCUCUUGUUUCUUCCGGAGAACACCACGAUAGCAUAGAGUAAGGUAUGCACUGCGCUUGUGCUGUCAAAAGCCAACCAGCCAGAAGUGAAUCGAUUUGCAGGGAUUAAGGGCAGCCCUGCUCUGGUUGGGCUUGAGAGGAGUAAAUCUCCGGAUUACAAUGUCAAGAAGUGUCCUGAGGUGGGACAGGAAUUGAAUUGUCAGAGCAUUGUUGGUUAGUCCACUGCUUAUUUAGUGUAGAGACGACAAUCCUAAACUAUGUUUGUGCCCACCAGUCAAAGGUCAGCCAAUAUACAGUUCAGCACUUUUGAAGUAAAUUCCAACAUGAAGAAUCAGCAUGUCUGUAGAACUGAAGAUAGUGUAUUUUUAUGCGGUGAGUACUGCAUGUUUUAUUAUAUAGAUUUCUACUGAGUAUCACUCUGUAUAAAUCCACUGUGUAGCUGUUGUCUGGCUUGUGUGAAAAAAAAAUGCCAAUAUGUAUCUUUGGGGGAUGGUAGCAAUUAGGUAGCAAUUUCUUUGUCUUUCACUUUUCCAGCAGGUCCAUUAUCAUCUAGAAAAACAAGUCUAUUAUAGUUGAAUUGGGCUUUUCACUGAAUCAUUUGAAUCAUCAGUCUCUCAUAGAAUACCAUCAUUGUGUUUCUUUAUUGAAUUUCUUCCUAUUCUUAUUCUGUCACUCACUAAUCAGAUUUACUUCAUUUGGAAUCUAAUCCAUUACUUCACUGUUAAGCUGAUAUUUGAAUGCCUCUUACCUUUAAUAAAAAAAACAUAAUGUAUUUCUUUCUAUAAUUAUUUUUUUUUGUAUUUCUCUGUUUAUCAUAAGCACCACAACUAAGAAAUUAAUAAGAAGCAUUUUUCUACCCUGAACUUUAAUCCAUGUAAAAACACAUAAAUAAAGAUUUAUUUGAGGUUAAUCCUUUUGUGUUUAUUAUCCUGUAAUAUGUGUUGGUUCAGCGUACUCCAGCGGCUGCCAUUGAGAGACUUACCACAUCUACCAGGAUGGACUUGAAAUGGACUCAUUUGGGUCUCAUCUUCUUUGCAAUGUUAUCUGUCAUUAUGACAGGCUGCUUCCUCUGGCAGUAUCAUCUGCCCAAGCUAAUGCCCGAGGAAGAUUUGGAGAAAGCUAUUAAAUCUGAGAAGCUGUGUCCCCGAUACCCCAAGCCCACUGUCCUGGAGCACCCAAUCCCCUACCUCAAGGCAGCGCUGGAGAAAGUGGAUGCAGUUCUGCGGCAUAGCAUCAACCCCAUAAGCCUUCCCACAAUAUCUGCUAUUGUCAUUUAUAAUGACACCGUGUUGUGGACAGGAAACUUUGGAAAGAGGAAUGGCAGUGACCCUAAAUCAACACCUCCUAAUGAGUACACCAUAUAUAGGAUUGCAAGCAUAUCUAAGAUCUUCCCCACUCUGAUGCUCUACCGACUAUGGGAAGAUGGCAAAGUAAGCUCAUUAGAUGACCCACUGGAGAAGUAUGUGGAGAAUUUCACCAUCAAAAAUCCACUGGGAAGGAGCAAAAAUUCUGAGCUGAAAUAUGUGACCGAUGGUCUGAUCUUCCUCGAUAGCAGUGAGGUUCAGAUUCGAUCUUCCUCAGUUACUCUGCGUAGAAUGGCCAGUCAUCUCUCUGGUUUACCAAGAAGACUACGGUCCACUAACUUGCUGUGGAAGGGCAAGACUCAAGCUGCAAUCAGUCUUCUAAAGGAUGAUGUGCUGGUUGCAGAUCCAGGAACCAAAUGUCACUACAGCAACCUGGCUUUUUCCUUGUUGGCCCAUGUCCUGGCAGAGAGGGUGUUGGGUUUCAAUUACCAGCGCUGGAUUACUGAUAACAUCCUUGAUCGAUUGGGAAUGGAGGACACAGGCUUUGAUAUCACCCCCAGCGUUCAGAGUCACAUGGCCGUUGGCGUCUAUGCCAAUGGGCAACCUGCACCACAUUAUGACCUAGGCUGGUAUCGCCCGUCUGGGCAGAUGUUCUCUACAGCUGCUGAUCUAGCUAAACUGGCCAUGAUGCUUCUUGGUUCUUAUCAUCGCAAGAUUCUGGAGCCAGACACUAUAAAGAUAAUGCUCACUCCCUUGUUCCAAUGUGAUAAAGAUUACUUCGCCAACCGCACUGGAACUCCAUGGGAGGUGAAUGAACAGUUUGGUUAUGAGUUGCUUCGCAAAGAUGGUGACUUGGAUGGGUACUCCACAACGUUUUCCCUAGUACCCCGACUCAAGAUCAGCAUGGUUGUUCUGAUGGCAGGCACAAGGCCUCAGAACCAGGAUGUGAUAUCAAAGGCCUAUUCAUAUAUCAUUCCUGCUAUGGAGAGAGCUUUCAGAGAUGCCAAGCAGGUCCUUGUGCCACCCCCUAAUGCUGCUCCUUAUGUAGGGUUCUACACAUACAGUAACAUCACUUUUUAUGAGAUCAAAGAUGGACCAGAAGGAGUCCUCAUCAUGCAGCAAUUUGGACCUCAGAUUGAGAGCUUGAUUCCUGAGAGAUAUCGAACUAUAAAGUUGUCUUACCUGGUAGAUCGAGUUUUUAGGGUUGUGUUUGAGAAACAAUAUCCCUGCAUUUUACAUGUGGGUUCUGCCUCAGUGUCAUUGGAAGCCCAGGAUGGGCAGCUCUUCAAUUUCUAUAUGUUUGACAAAUUUGGGUUAUCCCCUGGUUUUGAUGCACCAGGUCUGAACACUUAUAAUGUGGUCAGAAUCGCUCACAGACCCGUUUUUUCAAAGUGAAAUGUAAAAUGAAAAAUGAAAAUGAAAAAUCUAUUGAUUGUGCAAUAUUACUGUUUCUGUUUCUUAAACCAAAGUAAAUGCUCUAUAUGUUUGACAAAGCCUCAUACACAUUGUACCCAUUCAUGUUCUUUGUUUUUUUAACUAUUAUGUACAGCUUUAUAAUUUUAUACCCAUUUUUCAGUACAGGUUAAUAUUUUAUGAUACAACAUUAUCCUCUACAUUAGGUCAUGAAGAGCAGUAUGAGCUGAAUGUUUUAGCCUUAGCAGACUCAUUUAUCAGUUAAUUAUCCAGCACUCAAUAAACUAGUUACUGCAGUAAACAUAAUAAACUGCGCACUUUUGACCAACUUCAAAACUGCAUGACUGAAAUCUUACAAAAUUGUUGUUGAUCUGAUAUUUACCCUGAACCAAAAAAAUGGUAAUAGGAUGUUUUAGUGUUUCAUAAAUAGAAUAUUGUUUAAAAUUAUUUUAUUGUUUAGGGGUACAAAAAUAUGAACUGUUAAUUGAAAUCAUUUUAUCAGGGUUUAGAGUAUGAUAUUAAUUAGUAUGAUUAAUUAUAUGUGUCUUCAUGUAUGUAUACGGUGAACAUACUAACCUUAGAAUGUCGCACCGUGUUGUUUCUGCGAAACCAUACAGUCCAGUCAAUUGCACUAAAUAUUUGAUUGAAUCAUAUUAAAAUGGUAAAACAUUUCUUUUCAAACCUGUUUUAAAAGGCAAAAUACAUAUAGAGUGAUCAUAUAAACAUUUGA